CAAAUAAUUUGUUUAUCUUUUUACUGCGGAUAAUUUAGAUAAUCUUUUAUCGUUCAUUGUUACGGGUAAUAGUACGAUUGGAAUCAUGCGAUUGUUUUCAUUAUGUAUACCACUCAUGUGUGGUGGUCAGCGAUAUAUGUGGCAUGUUUGAUAAAUUAUAAUUAUAAAAUGAAUAUCGUAACAUUCGAAAUGUAAUUUUUAAAAUGCAAUUAUUCAUAAUAGAAGUCAAAAUAUUAUAAAUAUUAUGUUAUAAUAAAUAGAAACAUCAACUCAAUAGAAGACGUUGAUGCACCAAUUGCGCAAUAAUACGUGUGGCCGAUUUCAUCUUCACAAGAAAUUACUUAAUAUCAAACAAAAUUAAAAAGAAUUAUAAUUUUACGCGCUGAAUCAGUAUCUUAUUCCUAAUGUAAUCAAGCACGCUUUAAAAAAUAUUAAAUUAUUUCAAAUAAUAUCUAUAAAUAGUAAAUAUCUUAAUAUGUUUCGCAGAAAAUGGCAGGCGGAUCUGAAGCUGAGGACAAGGAGAGAAUUGAACAGCUUGAAAAACAGCUAGCUGAGGCUCUUAAAGCCAUCGAAGAGUUGAAAGAGAAUUCAAAAAAACCUGCUCCAGAUAACAACUCUGAUGCAGAUAAACAACGUAGCAGUGAUCCCUCUGGAAAGCGUGCUGGACAUCAAGAGCGCGGUGGAAAGUGGGUCCGGAGGCGACAAUUUUAUGCUGCCAAGAGACAGCAGAAGUGGCUAAAUAAAAAAGCAGGUAGAAGGCUUCAUGAAGCCGAAAAGGAGUGCAUACUACAGGAGGAAAGCUGCUGCCCGGGAGGUAAAGCGGAAUCGGCAACGAUAUUUCAGAAAAUAAGUUUUUAUUUAUAUGUAAAAAUUAAAUAAAUUGCUUUGAAACAAAGCCUCCAGCAUAUUUGUUUAUUGUGAGGAAUUUUGCGAUUUGGAUAAUGUCAUUUAUAUGCCAUAUGCGCUUAAUGUUUUACAAUUUUUGUUUGUAAUCCUGUAUGCUUUCAAACGGUGUGUUAGACUACCAAAAAAAAAAUUGUAAAACAUUAAUCGCAUAUGGCAUAUAAAUGAAGUACAAACGUAUACAAAAUUAGCUCGCACCGAGAUAGGGUGGCCUCGAAGCGGCAGCCGAGAUCAUGACGGGCUAUCUAGUCAGAGCUCCUCAACCACCACAAGGGCCGUAUCCGCCACAACCAUCGGGCACUUAUGUCAGUGUGGCCAGUGCCAAUGUACCCGGACGACUACUCUACACACAACCGCAACCGCGCUAUCUGCAACGCGAGUAAUAAGAUACUUUGGGCGUAAAAGGGUUGUUACAUAUCGACUGUUUUAUUUUUGUAAUUAUUUUUAAUAACGCGAUUAUUAUACGAUGAUAAUAUUGUUUAUGUAGAAAAUGAUGAUAUCUUAACGUAGAAGAAGAUUAUAAUAAUUUUGUUUUCAUAAAAACGGUAAAGUUAUA